AUGGGUCGACAGAGUCGCGGGGGAGGAUAUUGUUUCAUCAAUUUUUGGCGCUAUCCGAGGGAUCGCCCCACUCUACGAAUAAUUGACAUUGGGGAUCAGCUCCGGGAGGCGAAUAUGGUGAGCUUCAUGCUGAGGGAGGAUAAACUCAUUGGAUUUGUUGUUCGAGUGGGCACGCGAUUCGUUAUAUAUGAGUUGAAUAAACCCCUUACGCGUUCGCCUCCUUUCUUUCUGCGUCCUAUUCGAGCUCUUGGAUCAGUUGACGUAUUUGUGGCCUCCUUUCGGAUGGGGUUCACAGCUCCAAUCCCCGAGGGUAGUCGUUGGGAAAGAAUGAGAGUGGGUGGCUUGGGUAAAAAGAAAAAGCUCUUUUCAAGUGGAUAA